AAAGAGAGAGACGGACAAAGAAAACAAAACAACGACAGAUACGUUUUUAUGUUUUAUAGUUUUGCUGAAAACAAAAUCCCCCCAAUUUAAAAAAAAACCCUCAAAAAACAUAAAAUCGACAACCCACUUACUCACCACUUGGGAUCUUUUCAUCUGAAAAAAAAACCCACCAUCUCCUCAAUCGCAAAUUUAAGUCGUUUCAUUCCAAUCACCCUGCCGUUUUGCUCAACCGUCCGUACCAAUCUGCACAAUCUGAUCGCCAGAGAUCAAAGUUCCAUAUCGAAUAAGCGCCGUCGAUUUCCAAUUCGAGUCUUCGUCUUCACCGUCGUCGUCAUGGCUGUACGGUCAAGCGGCGUGAGGAAGUUUAAUUCGGUUUGUUUGUGAUUCACGGUAAUUCGGUUAUUUCAUGGGCGAUCUUCGGGAAGAUUGGUCGUCUGAACUAAACGGCGCCGUUGUGGAGGAGAGGCCGUCCUCGGCAUCGUUGUUGUCAUCAUCACCUUCGUCCCUGUUUUCAUCUAAUCAGGCGUCGGCGGCGGCCGCAGCGGGUAUUAGCGCCGAGUACUGGAAGAAAGCCGAGGAAGCGACGCAGGGGGUCAUAGCUCAGGUUCAGCCUACUGACGUGUCCGAGAGGAGAAGGAAGGCGGUCAUUGAUUACGUUCAGAGGCUCAUUAGAGGUUGUCUUGGUUGCGAGGUGUUCCCAUUUGGGUCUGUACCUCUAAAGACCUAUCUGCCUGAUGGAGAUAUUGAUUUGACUGCUUUUGGUGGUAUAAAUGUUGAGGAGGCGCUGGCCAAUGACGUCUGCUCUGUCCUUGAAAGGGAAGUUCAAAAUGGAGCUGCUGAGUUUACGGUGAAAGAUGUCCAAUUAAUUCGGGCAGAGGGUAAGCUUGUAAAGUGCCUUGUGCAAAAUAUUGUGGUUGAUAUUUCCUUCAAUCAGUUAGGAGGGCUAUGCACACUAUGCUUUCUUGAGCAGGUUGAUCGCCUUAUUGGCAAAGACCAUCUCUUUAAGCGCAGUAUCAUACUGAUCAAGGCAUGGUGCUAUUAUGAGAGCCGGAUUCUUGGUGCCCAUCAUGGUUUGAUUUCGACAUAUGCUUUGGAGACUUUGGUCCUGUAUAUCUUCCAUCUCUUCCAUUCAUCUUUGAAUGGUCCUCUAGCGGUCCUAUACAAAUUCUUGGACUACUUUAGUAAAUUUGAUUGGGACAACUAUUGCAUCAGCUUGAGUGGUCCGGUUCGCGUAUCUUCACUUCCAGAACUCUUAGUUGAGACACCAGAGAAUGGUGGGAAUGAUCUAUUGCUUAGUAAUGAAUUUCUCAAGGAGUGUGUGCAAAGGUUCUCAGUUCCGUCAAGAGGACAUGAGACAAACUAUAGAACAUUUCCACCAAAGCAUUUUAACAUAGUUGAUCCACUUAAAGACAAUAACAAUCUUGGCCGAAGUGUGAGUAAAGGAAACUUUUACCGAAUAAGAAGUGCUUUCACAUAUGGUGCUCGUAAAUUAGGGCGCAUACUUUCUCAGACAGAAGAUAACAUAGAUGAUGAGAUCCGAAAGUUUUUCGCAAACACAUUGGAUAGACAUGGAGGUGGACAAAGGCCUGAUGUCCAAGAUCUUGUCCCAUUGUCCAGAUAUGAUGGGUAUGGUUCUGCGUCAUUAUUUGCAGGUACAGAGUCACAAGAUCAGAUAAUUUAUGAAUCAGAAUCUGCCUAUUCAAGUGGCAUGAUUGGGGAAUGUGGGUUAAAUAGUGAGGGAUCAUGGAAUGGUGAAGUUACAAAUGUUCAGAUACCUGGUCAAUGUGUGAAUGGACCACAUGAAAGCAGUAUGAAGGUGGCAUCCCCAACAAUGUUCUCGGAAGAUGACAGUUCCCCAAAUGGAAUUGCUGUUUCGGAAUACCGUCUUAUGGGGGAUGCAAAAGACCUUGCUACCUCCAGAUUUCAAGGUCUUACAAUUUCAAGUGAUGCUCAAAAUCCUUUCCCUUCCAAUGGCGAAGGGAGUAUAUCUCCUUUAGGUAAAGCCCAUCAUGCACCUCAUCUCUAUUUCUCUCACUCAUCAACUGGAAAUGGGGACAUUAGCAAUGGAAUACAAGAUCAGCAACUGCCAGAAAGCUUUGGUUCGGCUGAUAAUUGGAUUGGUAACCAGGAUGAAAAUCAGUUGGGUUGUAAUCAGGAGGUUUUGUCUCCUGUUGGAUCUAAGCACCAUCUGUCACGGUUGAGUGCUAUUGUGGGUUCCUCUGAAGACUUCCAUCCUAGUUAUUCUGGUUAUCCAAUGUCAAGUAGUACUGCUGGAAGUCCGAAACCUUCCAACUCUUUGACAGAUCUCAGUGGGGAUCAUGAAAGUCACUUAUAUAGUCUAAACUUUGGUCGUUGGUGCUACGAAUGUGAGCUAAAUGCUGCAAUUCCUCCCAUGGCAGCACCUCCAGUGCAUUCACAGUUUCAGAGCAAGAAACCAUGGGAUGUAAUUCGACAGUCAGUGCAGCGCAGGCAAAAUGCAUUUUCCCAGAUGAAUGCCAAUGGUAUUGUCCCUAGACCAGCAUUCUAUCCUAUGAACCCACCAAUGUUACCUAAUGGUGCAGGCUUUGGUGUAGAGGAAAUGCCAAAGCCACGAGGAACAGGAACGUACUUUCCUAAUACGAACCAUUUCAGAGAUAAGCCCAUGGUAACAAGGGGAAGAAAUCAAGCACCGGUCAGGUCUCCUCGUAACAAUGGCCAUGCUAUGACACCAAAUCCAGAGAAUCAUAUGUCUGAGAGAAGCAGUCGUGAUCUAUCACAAGUACAAAUGUCUCUUCAUAAAGGUGGGGGAAAAUCUGUGUCUUCAGAUAGCCCCUCUGAUUCCCCUAGGAGGAAAGUACACCCUCAUGCCAAUGGUUCAAUGCAUCCCACCGAGCAAGUUGUAGAAUUUGGGUCAACUGGGCAUGCCCCAUCAGAGGCACCUGGGAGUGGCAGGCAUACCAACGCUGGCUCAUCAGUCGGUCAAAGCUCGAGUGGUAGCCAAGGAUCACCAGGGAUGCAGUGGACCAAAGCUGAAUUGGGUCCAGAUGAAAAUAGGAUUGCUGCACAAUCAUACCGUUUGAAAGAUGAAGAUGAUUUCCCGCCAUUAUCAGUCUGACUGCAGCACAAGUGAUGAUCUAUUUAUAUGGUUGGUCGGAUGAAAGAUUUACGGGAAUUGCUAACAUACUGGCUUGAGCCUGAACUUUCGGCACUUAUAUGGCUCGGCCACAACUUUUUUUGAAGCGUUUACAUAUGGAGUUGUUUUUUUUCUUCUUUUGUUUUUCGAUAGACGUUACAUAUGGAGUUAGAUAUGAUGUUUGUUGGAAGCCAUUUGUACAUUUCAACUAAUAAUUUUUACACCCUUUAAACCUUGAUAGCUGUGCUUUGCACACUGAGUAGUUUCAUGUAUAGGUUGUUUGACUACAAUCCUUUUCCCCAGGUUUUGUUCCCACCGUUGCCCCACUGGGUAAUUGUACGACCACUGUUGGAAGUAUUGUUGCUGAUGUUUGAUGUAA